AUGGUCAGCAGAAAGGAGGCGGCUGCGGCUUUCACCGCUGCCGCGAAGGCGCUGGAUGUGCGCGGGAAGGAGCUCGGCGACUUGUGCUUCGCCCUGUCCAAACUAUCGGGGGAGGAGCUCGAGGUGUUUCCGAUAGACGGUGACAACGAGGCAAUUGUUGAGUUCAUGAGCCUCGGCGGCUGGCCUCGGCAUGGGGAGCGCGGCUGGAGCUGGGCGAAGCGCCUCAGCGCGACGUGCCUGGCCUCCCAGAUUUCCGAGAGGUACCUGGCCAAUGCCAGGGGUGGCGCCUCAGUCAUAGUGGUGCGCAUGCUGCACCCCCAGGAAAACUUGGCAGGUCAAAAGCAGGCGGCGGGCGGUUACCUCGAAACUCCACCGGGACACCAUGCUUCAAGACGUGCAAUUCAGCAGAAAGAAGGCCAAAUGGUCAGCAGAAAGGAGGCGGCUGCGGCUUUCACCGCUGCCGCGAAGGCGCUGGAUGUGCGCGGGAAGGAGCUCGGCGACUUGUGCUUCGCCCUGUCCAAACUAUCGGGGGAGGAGCUCGAGGUGUUUCCGAUAGACGGUGACAACGAGGCAAUUGUUGAGUUCAUGAGGUCCGUGAAAGCCUCGGCGGCUGGCCUCGGCAUGGGGAGCGCGGCUGGAGCUGGUGAGUUGGUUGUGCUAGCCCAGGCUUGA